AUGGACAUCAAGAGAACAUAUUUAUGGACGGAUUCUCAAGUGACUCUCACGUGGAUCAAAACACACUCAUCCCAAUGGAAGGAUUAUGUGCGAAACAGAGUAUCACAAAUCCAAGACCUCACGACACAUGCUCAUUGGAAAUUUGUUCCAGGCACAGCCAAUCCUGCGGACUGCGCCUCUCGCGGUUUAACAACAGCUCAACUUGAAGAUCAUGAACUGUGGUGGGCUGGACCACCAUGGUUGCUACAACCUGAUCAAUGGCCCACUCAACCAACUGGCUCUGAAGAACAAUAUUCAUCUCUCAAUCGACUGCUUCGAAUUACAACUCUGUGUCAAGGAUUUGUCCUACGAUUAAAAGGACAAUAUGAUCGCUCACGGGCUACAUGCAUCUCAGUCAAUGACAUCAAGAAAGCCAAGAUCUUCUGGAUAAAGGCCACUCAAUCAGCAUUUUUUGCUCACGAGCUCAAGGUUCUCAGCUCACAAUCACACCUGCCAACCUCUCAUCCUUACAGUCGUCUCACAGCAUUUAUCGAUCAUCAAGUAAUUGCUCGUGUAGGAGGACGGCUCAGCAACUCAACACUCACGUAUGAAGGCAAACAUCCAGCAAUUCUUCCUCGCCAUUCAAGACUGUCUGAGCUCAUCAUUGACUGCUCUCACAAACAGACAUUACACGGCAGCACGCAACUCACAUUAGCUCAUAUCAGGCAAUCUUAUUGGAUCAUCGGUGGACGAGCUCCAGUGAAAUCUCAUGUUUUGCGGUGUGUGGUGUGUGCUCGACAAAGGGAGGUCCGUGCACAUCAACUGAUGGGCCAACUACCUCUGCCUCGAGUCACACCCACACGUGCAUUCACUCAUACUAGCAUUGAUUAUGCCGGACCACUCACACUCAAAACAUGGAAGGGAAGAGGAGCGAAGACUCAUAAAGGAUGGAUUUGUGUGUUUGUCUGCCUCACAACAUUUGCAGUUCAUUUGGAAGUUGUUUCAGACUACUCAACGGAUGGAUUUCGUUAA